GCGGGAGGCGGACCUGGAACGUCUUCUCGGGUCAGGGAAAGGCUCCAUCAUGGGCCCGCGCAAGACGGGCCUCACAAACUUCCAGCUCGACAAGCUGCUCGACUCAUACGGCGUCGCUGCGGCGGACCGAGGAAACAAGCAGGCCCGGCAGGAUCGCGCCAAGAGCCUGGUGGAGAACGAGCUCAACAGCCUGCGCGCGGAGCUGUCCGUCUACUCCGCCCCCACCGUCGUGCCGGCCGUGAGCACCGGCGCUGAGGGCGAGGCCGCGAGCCUGAUAUCGGCGAGCGGCGGCGGCGCGCUGCCUGCCGCCUCCCUCGUGGCCGGGGUGCUCGGUCCUGCGACCAACUCCGCACCCGCGGCCUCGGAGAGCUUCUUGCCGGUGGCGGCCGCUGAGGUCACCUCGCCCGGGCUGCUCGCGGCUGCGGCGGCCUCCGCCUUUGCCGAGACCGCCAACCACCUCCACAACCUCGCACAAGCGGCGAACACCCUCCCGACGACCGUCUCCGACACGGCGUCGCAUGCCCUGCCCCCCUCGCUGCCGGGCGCGUUUGCCGCAGGCGCGUUCGCCACGAGUGGCGUGGGACCCUGGGCGGGCGACUGAGCUACGGCUCGGCAGCUACGAAACGGUGCGUGCACGUGGGGCUUCGAGUGCCUUCAGCGCCUUAGGGUGUGAGGGCGGUGGGUCAGAUGAGAGCGAGGAGGGUUUAGGUCGGGUAGCAUGUGGGGGGUUGGCCGCGAGGCUGGGGAGUGCCCGCUGUGCCCGGUGGUCGAAUAGUCAAUAGAAAUUCUGAUAGUGGACA